GUUCAGUGGGCUAAUAAAUAAUCCAUAGGACUAACCGUUCGAUUGUUGUCCCGAUUUUUUUUGUCGCCAAUAGGCCUACGAGUGGCAUGUCUCUUACAAUAUAAAAUAGAGGGAAUCUAAAAGUCUAUUUUGUUUUGCUCUACAUCAAGGGUUAAGUUUGCCUGUGAUGCCAUAUGCUGUUGGUGGGGAGGAUGGAGGGGAGUGAGGAGGGGAGAGAGAGAGAAGGCAUCAUCAGUUCGCUACGAUCGCAGGGGAAUCAGAAGCGAAAACAGAACGUGGACACAAUGGAUUCUCUAAUAGACCGAUCGUAACUUGAACCAACCUCUGUGAAACACGGUGAGCAAGGGGGAGGAAGACAGACAGAGGAGCUAUGCUGUUACUUCCAAGUCUCAGUGGCUCAGUUUGAUUAACCAUGAUGAAGACUGAACCCCCAUCGGCAGGCAGUGCCAGCUCCACCCUCCGGAGCCCGUCCCCCCACAGGAACGCCUACGAGGCGGGCAUCCAGGCUCUGAAGCAGGCCCACGACGCUCUGAACAAUGCCGCCAAUGGGGACGACGCUGCCAAGGAUGGCAAGCCGCCGCGGCCUACCGGCAGAGGGCGUCGCCAGUACGGCUCUAAUGUCCACCGCAUCAAGAACAUGUUCAUGCAAAUGCAGUCACCUGGCGACGAGGACGACCCGUCCAAGGCCAAUGACCAGGCGGUGCGGCUGUCCCUGCCCAGGGCCAGCAGCCUCAACGAAGAUGUGAACCACAGCGCCCUGCUCAAGCUGGGCGCCACGGUCUCCGAGCGUGUCAACCGCUUUGACCCCAAGGGCGGCAAAGUUGGUGGGUCCCGAGGGGCAGCAGCAGGGUACUCCAAGCUGCAGGAGACGAGGAAGAUCUUCGAGCAGCGCCAGCUACAGGAGAAGCAGUCGGCCACCAAUCGCAUCCUGCUCAAGAAGGAGCGUCCGGUUUCGUCCGCUGUCCAGGACAGCCGGCUGGACGUGGUAGUGCGCUUCAACGGCAGCACGGAGUCUCUGGACUGCCUGGAUACGGUAGGGGGAGCCGGUGAGGCGGUGUCGCCCACCGUAAGCCAGCUUAGCGCCGUCUUCGAGAAGGGGGACCUGAGGAACAACCUGCACCGGCCCUCCUCCACGUCCCCGUUGCCCUCCCGAGAAGAAAGCCCCACUCCGGUAAAAACAGCAGAAUGCCUCAACUCCAAAAUCAGCGCCAGGAAGGUGCAAGUCUUGCCCCCAGGCAGUCAGGGGGAUGGGAGCAGCCAACACAUGGACCAGGAGGGUUCCCCCAGAAGCCCCAGGAACAGAGCAGCUCCCCGAAACGACGAUGGCUCCUCAGGAUGUACACAAACAGGGGAUAGGACCUCUUCUGCUUCUACCGAAGCCAAGUCUGAGAGGGAGAGAGGGAAGGAAGCCAGGGGCUCAAGUACAGGAGGCGAGCCUAGCAGAGAACCCAUACCCAGAGACCAGGAGGACUCCUCCGCACCCGAGGCAGGGAGCCGGCUGGUGCAGGCCGAGGUCCAUGCCUCACUGGAAAAUGGAGAGGCCCCUGGGGGCCCCUGCGACCUGGCAGGGCGCCAGGAGGGAGAGAGGGGACACAGGGAGGAGCCUGGGGAGGGGCCCCAGUGUGAGGGACAGGAAGAGGAUGGCCUGGAGGAGGAGUCUCGUAAGGAUGAUUACUCGGAGGGCGACCUGGUGGACAUCAGCGCGUACAGCGGCAUCGGAGAGGACUCCGGCGGCAGCCAGCUGGAUGAGGAUGAGGAGGAGGAAGAUGAGCCUUACGAGCCAGAGUCGAGCUGCUCUGAGGUCCCGGGACUGCCUGCCGAGGAGGAAGCACCGCCGGAGAACAGGAAGAUCUGCUUUAGCACUGGACCAAUAAAGGUGUUCACCACGUACUCCAACGAGGACUACGACCGGCGUAAUGAUGACGUGGACCCCAUGGCGGCGUCGGCUGAGUACGAGCUGGAGAAAAGGGUGGAGAGACUGGACCUCUUCCCUGUGGAAUUAGAGAAAGAUGGGGACGGUCUAGGGAUCAGCAUCAUCGGCAUGGGUGCCGGGGCUGACAUGGGUCUGGAGAAACUGGGCAUCUUCGUCAAGACGGUCACUGACGGAGGAGCUGCGCACAGAGAUGAAAGGAUCCAGGUGAAUGACCUGAUUGUGGAGGUGGACGGGACCAGUCUGGUGGGCGUGACCCAGGCCUUUGCUGCCUCCGUCCUCAGGAACACUACCGGCACUGUCAAGUUCAUGAUUGGCCGAGAGAAGCCAGGUGAGCAUAGCGAGGUGGCCCAGCUGAUCCAACAGACCCUGGAGCAGGAGCGCUGGCAGAAAGAGAUGAUGGAGCAGCGCUACAGCCAGUACAUGGAGGAGGACGAGGAGACAGGUGAGUAUGCCACAGACGAGGAGGAGGAGAUGAGCCCCACAUUCCCCAACGCCAUAGAGGUUUUUGACCUGGCGGAGAAUGAGGACAUGCUCUCUCCCAUGGAGAUGGACCCUGAGAAACUGGCCCACAAGUUCAAAGAGCUACAGAUAAAGCAUGCGGUCACCCAGGCCGAGAUUCAACAACUGAAGAGAAAGCUGGCGCAUGCAGAGCAGGACAAGCUGCGCUGGCGCAUGGAGCGUGCCCAGCUGGAACAGAGCGUUCGGGAGAACAAGGAGCGCAUGGAGAAGCUGGAGGGCUACUGGAUGGAGGCCCAAAGUCUGUGUCAGGCGGUGGACGAACACCUGAAGGAGACACAGGCCCAAUACCAGACCCUGGAGCGCAAGUACAGCAAAGCCAAGCGCCUCAUCAAGGAAUAUCAGCAGAAGGAGAUUGAGUAUCUGAAGAGGGAGACGGCUCAGCGCAGAGCCCAAGAGGAGACCGAGGCCACUCAUAAGGAAGAGGCAGACAACCUCCAGGACAAGAUCACAGACCUGGAGACCAAGGUGGAUGCGCUGAAGACCUCUGAUCCCUCCUAAACCUCUGGCAGAGAGAGGGAAAGGAGGAACAAUGCCUUCACACUGGGGCUAUCCUUUUUCCAAUCCACGUUUUCCUUGACGGAUUGUCAGAACGACAAAAGAAGAAGAAAAUAAUGGAGAAAGGACGACUUCAGGGGGAGCAGUUUUGGGGGCAGGGGUUUCAAAAGACACCUGCAAGCGAAAAUAGAAGGAAAAAAAGAAUGUUUUCAACUGUCAUUUGCUUCGAGCCGCGUCAACAAUCCCUAUAUGCUCCUUAUUCAGAACCUGGAGUCCUUGUUGCAUCGAACCACAUUCACCUAGUUUAACUACCCAAUUGAUCAAUCUGUGAAGGAGGUCACUUGUCUUCUAUGCUCUUCCUUCUGUCUUAUCAUAUGUAAAAUAACUAACCAGGAAAUACAGCCCCUACUGACUUAACGCUUCUAUACUAGACUUACUGGUUCAAUAAUAAACUGGAUAUGGAGACCAGAAUUGGACAGAAGAAACUGAUAUGAUGACAAAGAUCCUCAAAUACUGGUGUAUAGCCUACUGGUGACAGACAGUGCUUCUGCUGUUAUGGCACGAUCUCUUGAUUUCUACUAACUGAACAAAAGGAAAAUGGCCGCUUCCCCUUUUUGCUCAACUGCUCCCCUUGUAUGAUGGAAAGACUCGGGUUGGGUUCAAGUUCAUUUGUACAGUGAUGAUAUGCUUGUUUUGUAUAUAUUCUUUACAUAUAUUUAAAAUUGCUUAAAAAGCUUAAGCAAUGUGGCUGGGUUGAGAGGGCGUUGAAUGGAAUUGACUUAAGCAUCGAGAAGAUUGGGUAUACAGAAGAUGGUUUAAUUCCAAGUGGAUAUAGGCCACGCAAAGUGGCACAUUUUCCUUUUUAUAUUAGCAACAUGGCAAACAGGGUGUGAAUAUGUGCAAGCUUAACAGUUCAAUGUGCUACUCGUGGUUUUACUUGCCUUGGGCUCUGAUAACGUAGAGGGUCAGUAUUAUUUGACUUUGUGCUUCGCUCUAUAUCAAUUUCAGAAUCCGUGUUUUCCCCGCCCCAACCAGGAAUGUCUUACUCACGCUCUAACGUUUGAGCCUGGAAUCACUGCUAGUUUAGCAAAGGGGUUUAAAUUUAGCCCCCAGACCGGUAUAGCCCUUUGAAUUUGGGGACUGGAUGGCAAUCUUUGUGUAAUGUUGGGGUAACUAGAGCCAUGGGAUAAUGUUGAUGUAGCAUAGCAGCUUUAUGAAAGCGAUCGACGGAGGCAAGGGGGAAAAAUGUUCCAGCAUGCCUCAAGUGGCUUCCUAUCUCCUUGUCUCCUUUUCUUAAUUUCAUCUGAUCGGAAAAAAACAUAGGGAAGGUUAAAGCAAAGCAGUGUGUCUGAUCUGAUUCCGACCAGAGGACCUCCUGUCACCUGUCCAGUCCAUCUCAGGUCAGUGCAGAUGAAGGAGACUGGAGGAGGAGGCCACUGUGGACUACUGCGUUGCGGUCAAAGGGCUAUGUCUGUAGACGCGAUGCUCUCACUUGAAUCUCCAAUAAUACCAUUCAGCUGCCUUGCUCCCUCUGUGCUGCUCAUGUUUGUCAACAGUGUCUUUUUUAUCCAAGACUAGGCAUUUGGAACUUCCUGUCAUUACUUCUCUGUCCCCUAGUGGCACAAACAGGUCAGACUCAUUUGCCCCCCACGAUGUAUACAUUUCUUUUCUUAAAAAUUGGCCCUAUUAUUAUUUUAAUCUUGUGUCAUUUUAAUUGUUUUCAUGUAAAAAUGUGUAUUUUAACUGUGAAAACUCUUGUCAAGUACAUCUGUUUUCAUGGGCCCAAUGUUACUGUACAUUUCUGUUGCAGUACUGCUCUAAACCAGGAGGUGUCCCUCUUUCAGUGAGUUGGAUUGAGAGAAGGAAUAUCAGGUCGUGGCUAAUUCCUGGUUUACCAUCUCUGGAAUAAGCUGACAGGUUUUCUGACCAUAUUUUGCAGUAUUAGGUAACAUUUGAGUCGAUGUGCGAACAAUUUCCACAUGCUGAGAAGUGGUAGGGAACAUAGAACUAAAAAGGGGCUUAAAGGCCCAGUGCAGUCAACAUGGUUUACCUGUGUAAAAUGAUAUAUCUCCACACUGAGGUUUUAAUAAAAGUGUAAAAUUGUGAAAAUUAUGGUAAUGCCCUUUUAGUGUAAGAGUUCGUUGAAAAGACUGCCUGUGAAUUUCGGCCUGUUUUGGUGGGAUGGAGUUUUUGGCCUGCCCCAAAAAUCUACUUUUCAGUUUCCCCCUCCCCACUCAGACCACUCCCAGACACUCCUAGAAAAAGUAUUGCUUGAGAAAUUGCUCUUUGCUAAGAAAGUAUUUUGUUUCUUUUUGAUGGUUUUAAUUGAGAGCCAUCACAGUAAGGUACUUAAUUGUGACCCAGAAAUGAUUUCAGAUUGAGAUAAAAUGGCUGCAUUGGAUCUUUUCAAGAAAAAGGGAAAAACAUUUUUUUAAAAGUACUUUUUGUGUGUUUGUCUUGUAUGACAUUGAACCAUCAUUGGCCUACUAACUCCAUACAGUAUGCUUGUAUAAGGAUGCUGAUCGUAACAUAGUGAGUGUGCCAGUAUGGAACACACACGGUCCACCUUAGAGAUAAGCAGAGCCUCUCUCAUCUCAAGACCUUUAAACCACUGUCCCCAAUGGUAUUAUUGCUACGUUGCGCUUUCCUCUUGGCUAUAUGCGGUAUAUGCUUACCUUUUUUUAAAUCCAUCUUCAUAGUGAAUACCUUGCCCUACAGUUGUGAAUCAAAACUGUUGACCUCUACUAACAAAAAGAAAGCGAACUGCAUAGAACACAUUCGGAUAGAUACGAUGUCUGUUCAUGUAUUGACUGUCAAAUGGACCUAACCAAGGGACUUGCUUGUAAAGUCUUCAUCACAAGGCUGACUUCUCCUCUCAGAUGGCGGGCAGACACUGGACAAGUAUCAUUUACCUACAAACUAGACUAAAUUUAAAUAUGUUCACAAAAUAAUAUUCCUUGGCUAGAGCCAUGCUGUCAGUAAAGUCACAACCAUGGGGAACAUGUCAGCAAUGGGAUAGUUGACCAAUGGAAAUGUCCGGGUGAAAAAGAGAUGUGAUUCACUGAAGUGGAUCCUUGAAUUUGACACAUUUAGCAUCUUUAUGAUUCCAGUUCUGAUACUGCCUCGAAGGGGUACUGUUAGAAUACAGUACAUAUGCUGGGAAAUGCGUGUUCAUAUCUGCACUUCAGAAUAGGAAGCAACCCCAAUAAAGGCCAUGGAACAGGAGCUCUAUGAUAUGGACCCGAACGAAAAAUUGUAUGGUUUUUCUCAUCUUUUAACAUUCCAUUGUACACUUUGUCAUUACUCUUUACGAGUGCAUGAGAUUCGAUAUGCCAGACAAAAUGCUGUUGGAAACUCAUUCUGGAUCUCUGCUUCACACUAGGGACUCUUGCAUUAUUGACCAUGGCCCAUUAGUACAGUGUAAUAGCUUUGCCCUCCUCUGAGGUGGAAGGAAACUAGUUACAUUCCUUUUUGUAUUUUUCUUUUUAUCAUUGCCUUGUGGUUUGCAAACACAAUGAGUAAGAGAAAGUCCAGAAUGUUCGUCUCUCACAUAAUUUACUGUCAUUGUUAAUAAAUGCAGAUGUGUUGAACAAGA